UGACCCCUAACCCAGGAGAUAAGCUUACCCUCCUAGGACUGACCUGCACUUCCAGGGCCACGGCAACUGAGACAAGUUGACCUGCGGCGUUGAUCUGCCCGGCCCACUUGAAGAUGGAUCACAUGUCUCCCAGGCUGAGAGCCUUCCUCUCUGAACCCAUUGGAGAAAAGGAUGUUGCCUGGGUGGACGGGAUCAGCCGUGAGCUUGCAAUCAACUUGGUCACCAAAGGUUUCAACAAGGCUUACAUCCUCUUGGGACAGUUCCUUCUGAUGCAUAAGAACGAAGCAGAGUUCCAGAAGUGGCUUAUCUGUUGCUGCGGCGCGACCGAGUGUGAGGCCCAGGAGAGUUCUCACUGUCUGAAGGAGUGGUGCUCCUGCUUCCUCUAGACACACACCUCCUUGCUCUGAUGCCUGGGUAAAUGGCGCACUCUGUACUGGCACCCAGGCUUGGGGUCAUUAUUUUUGUGUUUAACUGUGCUAUUCGUUCAUUAUACAAAGUAGUUCACGAAGAUAAAAGAGGACAGGCAAAAGAUGACGGGCCCCCAAAUUUCCAACCUGGAAACAACUGUCACUCACCUCCCAUGCAUGCCAAACAUCUCAGG